GCCCUGCUGCUCCCCUGCCUGCUGGCCCCUCUGGUUGGGGUCACCGCCAUGGCCUCCUGGGGACCCGGCGGCCAGGACUAUCACCCCCAGCCUCCCCCGGCCACACGUCUGGAGCUGAUGGAGAAAUUCAAGGAAUUCCAGCUUCGCUACAAUAAGAGCUACGAGGACCAAACAGAGCACGCGCGACGCUUCGAGAUCUUUGUCCAGAACCUGGCCCGGGCCCGGAAGCUGCAGGAGGAGGACCUGGGCACGGCGGAGUUUGGGGUCACUCCCUUCAGUGAUCUCUCGGAGGACGAGUUUCUCAGUCUUUACGCGCCCAGAUUCGGGAUGCCCUCCGGAUGGGCAAAUCGAACGGCCAGGGGCCCCGAGGGGCCUCUCCACAGGAGGACUUGUGAUUGGAGAAAAGGAGGGGCCAUCACACCGGUCAAAAAUCAGGGAUCCUGCCGCUCCUGUUGGGCCUUCGCCGCCGUCGGCAACGUGGAGUCCCUGUGGUCCCUCAGGGCCGGCGACCGACUCGUCUCCCUCUCGGUGCAAGAGCUGUUGGACUGUGGUCGCUGUAGGGACGGCUGUCAGGGUGGCUACCCCGCAGACGCCUUCCUCACCAUGAUGUUCAACAGAGGCCUGGCCAGUGACAAGGACUACCCCUACAAGGUCCGGGCGAGGCCCAACGGAUGCAAGGCCAAUAAGUCGAGGGCCGCCUGGAUCCGCAACUUCAUCACACUGCCCCAGGAUGAGAAGCACAUGGUCCGACACCUGGCUCACCACGGACCCGUCGUCGUAAGCAUCAAAAUGCCGCGACUCCAGCUGUACGUCAGGGGAGUUAUGCAUCCGACCCGCCAUAACUGCAACCCCAAAGCAUUACACAGUGUCCUGGCGGUGGGCUUUGGCUUCAAUAAUGGUUCCUCUCACUGGAUCCUGAAGAAUUCUUGGGGCCCAAAAUGGGGAGAAGAGGGCUAUUUCCGGCUGCAUCUUGGGAGCAACGCCUGUGGCAUCGCCGAUUAUCCCAUCACUGCCGUGAUCCCAGAUUCCAAGCCCCGUGUCUCCUGCCCGCUGUGAGACCGUCAGCCCUGUCCACCCGAUGGCCUGCAUUACCCUAAGCCCCCCACCGUCCCCUCCCUGUGGCUCCGGCAGAGACCACCCCUGCUCUUGAUCCUUCCCAAACAAUCCCGAGUCCCAGGCCGUCCGUGGAAUGACCUGGGAGAGGCCUCGUGGGCAGAAAUGGCCAGUGUGGACCACUCCCCCGACCCCUCCAGUUCUCCGGCCUCCCGCUUAGGUCUUUGUCCCCCUGCCCAGUUCCCCCACACCUUCC